AUGAUCAAGAAACCAGAACUCUUUUCCGACGAUAUUUGUUUUGAAAUUCUUUCCCAUUUGGCAAAUGAUUGGAAAUUUAUUUUCACAACUUGUUCAUUAAUUUCUCAACAAUGGCUAAAUGUUAUUAAACACAAUUCAUCAUUGUUGAAUCUUUCCAUUUAUUUUAAUCAAAAACUAAAUGAUGAACAGAAAAAUCAAAUGUCAAAAUGUGAAUUAUUAACAUGUUUAUCCAAUGUGAAAGUUUAUUCAAAGAUUGCGAAAUGGUUUUGUACAAAUAUUGGAAUAUUCAUGAAAGGAAUGAUUAGAUUAGAAAUUAGCUAUUGUCGUUUGGAAGCAGAAGAUGUCAAUUUUAUUGGUGAAAUGAAGCAAUUAACUGAACUUGAUAUUAGUUUAAAUAAUAUUAAUUGUAAAGGAGCUAUUACUAUCAGUCAAUUGAGUAAAUUAACUAAACUCAAUGUUUAUCAAACCAAAAUGGGUGUUGAAGGUGCUAAAGAACUAAGUAAAUUGAAAGAACUAACAUCCCUCGAAAUAGGAGACAAUCAUUUAAAAUCUGAAGGAGCAGCUCACAUUGCCCAAAUGAGAAAAUUAACAUUCCUUGAUAUUAAUACCAAUAUGAUUGGAAAUGAAGGUAUUGAGCUGAUAAGUAGAAUGGAACAAUUAACUGAUUUAGAUGUUAUGGAUAAUAAUAUUCGAUCAGAAGGUGUUAAAUCACUCUGUAAAAUGAAACAUCUUACUAAUCUAAAUAUUGGAAACAAUCCAAUUGAAGAUGAAGGGGCUAUAUUAUUAGGUGAAAUGAAACAAUUGAAAAAUCUCAUUACAGCUUGCAACAAUAUUGGGAUGAAAGGAUUUAGCUCACUUAGCACAUUACUCAAUUUGGAAUCACUUGUUAUACUUGGAUUAGAUGGUAAAUCUACUGAUUUCAUUCGUGAAAUGAAUCAAUUAACUCGUCUUGAAUUUUAUGGUUCUAACCUUGAGCCAAAAGGUUUCGAUCCAAUUAGUCACCUGUCCAAUUUAACAUUUCUAACUAUAAGGGGUCGAAAUAUUGCUGAUGGUGACUUGGAAUGUAUUGGUCAAUUUAAAAAGCUGACCACACUUAAUGUACCAUCAUGCAAUAUUAAUCAAGGAUUUAAAUCAAUUUGUGGGUUGAAGAAUUUAACAUUCCUUGACUUGAGCUAUAACAAAAUUGAAAGUGUUGAAUCAAUUACUAAUUUGAAGAGUUUGACACAACUUGACAUCAAUGGGAAUCGAAUUGGACAUGAAGGAGCAAAAUCUAUCAGUCAAUUAGACAAUUUAACUAAUCUCCAAAUCGGUCAUAAUUUAAUACAAGAUGAGGGAAUCAAGUAUUUAAGUACUAUGCAGUGUUUAACUACUCUGGGUGUGGCUGAAAAUCAAAUAAGCAUUGAGGGUGCCAAGUUCAUAAGCAAAUCUCAUCAAUUGACUUCACUUGAUCUCACAAACAACGUUAUCGAAACUGAAGGAGCCAAAAUUUUGAGUGAGCUCAAUAAUUUGACAGGGUUAUUUGUUUAUGGAAACAGAAUUAGAGAUGAAGGAGCCAAAUAUAUCAGUACUAUGCAACAAUUAACAAUUCUUGAUAUUGCCUAUAAUGAAAUAACAGAUGAAGGAGCAAAAGCAAUAAGUAAUCUCGAUCAACUAUCGACACUUUAUAUUUAUUCAAAUGAAAUUUGUGAUGAAGGAGCAAAAUCCAUUUGUGGAAUGAAACAAUUGACCAUUCUUGAUAUUGACUAUAAUGUACUUAGUGAAGAAGUAUCCAAUCAAUUAAGAAUGGAAUACCACAACUAA